UUCAAAUACAGAGGAUUCGUUUUCCUCACAAACGACAAACCUGAACAAUUCAACGUGUCUACAGAAUACGCUCAUGCAUCCAUCUUUAUCACACAGAGAGGAGAACAACUGAUAGUAAGCGAGUUUGCAGAUUGGAAUGUCACACAAUUUAAUGCUUUGAGUUACUGGGAUAUGCAAACAAAUAUGUUUUUAAACAAUUCGUUAAAAACUCAACAUUAUUUUAGAGUUAAAAAGAUUAAUAACGCAAAACUAUUCUUUCUCGGGAAGGCUCAACUCGCGGGGACACACUUUCACAUCUUAGAGCAAUAUGCUAAACGCAUAAAUAUAAGUUGGGAUAUAGGAACAGCAAUACCAAAUAACUACACCAAUUAUGUUACGCUUUUACAAAUGGCGGUGAUAAAAUCUUCAUACGCAACUACCGAAAUUGGACGCAAUCGAAUUGCUUUUAUCGUACCCAGAGAAACAGUUGUUAUUCCAUUGUUCAGUGUUAUACAAGUAUUUACUUGGCAGUUAUGGACGCUGAUUUUAGGAUUCUACUCAACGAUACUUGUAUACUUUUAUUUUGAAAUCAAAUAUCUAAGACAUCGAGGGAUUGCUGUCAUAUUGCCACUAGGAUUGUUUUUUAUGCAACCGGUUAUCACUUAUGAAAUUCCACGUGACAUGCGAUCAAGAUUCGUAUUGGCAUUGCUUUUACUUUGUCAUGUAAUGUUCACCGCAUUGUAUGGAGACGGAAUUCUCGAGCGAUUAUUCACAACUAUUUAUGACAACAAUAUACAAACAUGGGAGGAUAUGGAUAAAUUAAACUAUCCAGUUUUUUGGCACAAUAAUCCAAAUAUUGUCUUUGACGAUAUGAAUCUUACAAUAGAGAAGAACAUUUUUGCGCGUUGGACGAAUGAUAGUGAAGUUCUUAAAGACAGACAAAAAUCUUUUCAAAUGCAUUACAUUUCUGAUUUAGGAGUUUCAUCAUUGCUGGCAAAGAACUAUUCGAUAACACAAGAAAAUUUGAAGUCUUUAGACGACCUCUUUGUCACCAUCUUUGAUUAUAUAGCUCCAAUAGUUGUAAGAAUGCUUCAUACUAAUGGAAUUAAUGAAAUGAUCCAGCACUGUCGAGAAUUUGGCUUGUUGUAUAGAUGGGAAUGGGUAGCAUUCAAUAUGGUACUUAAUAUAUUCGACAUCAUGGAAUACUUGGACAAAGAUAAAAAAGCAGAAAUAAACACACAGUUGUCCUUGGAUCAUUUACGCGGACUAUUUAUAUUAUUAUUUUUGGGUUUGUCACUCGCCACUAUUGCUUUCAUAUUCGAGUUGUUAUUUAGCUUGGGAAGUCGUUUACAAAUAGAAUAUCCCGUGAAUGGGCUGAUGCGAUUCCAUCUCGACUUUAGACAAUAACAAAAUAACAACAAAUAAUACACAAACAGCUACUACUACUACUACUACUGAAUACGUACCAGAAUUGAUUAUGGUGUGCUACAAUUUCGUAGUGUUUGAUUAUAAAACCAGAUGUUUACAAUGAAUGCAGUUUAUAUCAAUUGAUUGCACUUAUAAUUAAACGAGUGUUUAUUAAUCUAAUAAAAGCAUUAAAUUAGAGCCACUCUAUUUCAAGGUAGAAGUUUUUGUAGUUUAAAUCUUCGAAAUUUACUCGCACACUACAUUAUUUACACACUUAUAUUAAUGGUGGGUAUCUGCAUAGUCUGACAGCGAUCACGAAACUACGAUAAACAUGUGCUGCAUGUCCUGCGUUAAACGCGUUGCAUUUUUAGUUAAAAAGUUAACCCGAGCGCCAUCUAGGGACAAUUCCGAAACUAUAUUUAAAAAUAUUGCAUUUAAGCUUGAAGAUAAAGAAAUGUCUGAAAACAUUUGCAUCAAUUUCCUACGUUAUGUUACUGGAAUAUUUCAAAAUUCAAACCCAAAUGAUAUCACACGUUCAUUAUUUAGGCAUGAUAAGAACUGUUACCGCAAAAUAAUUUCACAAGUCAAAGGAAACACUUUAAUCCUACUUUUCACUCCGUUUUUAGUUUACUACGGUUUCAAUCAUAAAAAUUUGAGAACAAAUCAACAAAUGGUAAAUUUAAAUAAAAGUUCUUUUGUAUGGAAAUCUGGUUUUAUGGAUUACACAAAGAAAAUCGUUUUAAAAUUUCAGAAAUAUGAGUUUUUAAAAUAUUAUGUAUUGUGCAAAGCAAAUGUAAUUUCUUGUAAUUCAAAUAAUACAGGCCUGAAGUAAAUAAA